GAGUUGAUCGAUUCUAUGGCCUUCCCGCAUGGGCUUGGCGAAAGCAGACACAGACUCUCAGUCCGACCCAGACUUCCACUUUCACGACGCUACCUCACCUCUUCCAUUGGAUGACCGCCACAGCAACCGAGCUGCUGAGCCACUCUACAGUACAUGCGAACACCACGAUGUACAGUAGAAACGAGCACGACAACAAGAGUAGUCGCCACAGCAGACGCAGGAAGUGUGGCUGUUACGAGCCAGUCGCUCCACACAGACGACGCGAUCGACCUUCACAGCCACAAGGCCUCAUUGAAAUCCAACACAUCGAGCCUAUACUCGAGGCCCCCUCACGACGAGAACCCAGAACGUGCAUGCGUGGACGAGAACGAAGGACCCUUUCAUACCAUUUCAGGACGCAGCUCCGACAGCAUAUGCGCGAUCUGCGUGCUGGUGACAUCACACUCCACGCACGAGGAUGGAAGCUUGUCCCAGUUUUCGUGACAACAUGGCGGGCAUGAGGAGCCACAUUGUAGGCAUGCGACAGGUCUUCUCAAGUGUUCCUUUUGUUCUGGUUCCGUUGUUUCAUCUAGCAUCCCCUGCAUGCUAUCGAUCUAGCUACUCUGGCCCAGACAACGACUCCAAGGUUAAAGCGACAUGGUGAAGAAGCUACAGAAGCGGAAUCCUUCCACCGAUAGAGCUGGUACAGACGGAAGCGACACAGACACCAUGCAGCCGAAGAAAGAGAGGAGACGAUUGAGUGGAAUAUUCAAGAGGAAGGACAAGACGGCGGGUUCUCAGUCGACGAAUACGACAUCGUCAGAUCUACUUGCGCGGAGCAGCACGACUGCUACGAAUCCGUCCACAGACCUGCUCUCGCCGAACCCCAACACAGCGGCACAGAAUGAAAACACGCACAGCUCGAGCACUGUUCCGACAACCACGUCGCCGAUGAGCGGAGCAGUCCACGAUUCAGCAUAUGCCAGCAGCGAAGCUCCGUCGAACUCGCGUUCGAACAACUCCAACAACAACAUUGUCUCGGUACAGAAUGAUGGCCAGAUUGAAGGUGUGAACAAGGAUCGCAAUCUGGCAGUGAACAAGGCGACGGGAGACGUGUUGGACGAGGAUACUGGAGAGAUCGUCUCGACUGUGACGACCACCACCACAACCACAACGACUACGACAUUGGUGCGUGGCAAGGAUGGCAAGAAGGAGCUACGAACGAAUGUCAAUACUGUCCCGGCCGGGACCACGACUACAGCAGCUUCGUCUAGCUCAGCACCAGGGCCGAGUGCGACGUCAAACAGACCAAGAGACAACAGCGGAGUCUCAGAGAUGCCAGCAGAUUCAGCGCCUCGAAGGCCGAGUGCAGACGUAUUGCCGACCCCACUCUCUACAACAGCCAGUCGAGGUCAGACGCCACCAAGACCGACUCCUCUUCAGACUUCCGCACCAAACUUCCCACCGAAUGCACCAGAUCUGCCCGCGAAGAGUCCAAAGCGAUUGUCCCGAGAGUUCGAUCGUCCUCCCGGUGAAAUUGGAGAUCAUGUGCCUCCGAGUCCAAUAGUUGGCAGCAACGUUGGACCCAACUUCUCGUACCUCAACAGGUCACACGAUGGCUCACCAUCGAACAAUCCUCCCGCGGUGCCCAACAAUGCGCCUCCCGCUGCCCCGUUUUCACAAGAGCCGCAGAGGCACAGUCCCCUUGGUGGGCUGAGGCCGCAAGACUCACAGCAAAACUUCUCAGGAAACAAUUUCAUGCAGAACCAGGCUGCUCAGCAAGGGACUCCAGCGCCGUUCCCUCCUCCACCACGUCCGCAGAUGGCGGAGAUAUACCCACACGGACCAGACGAUUAUCAGAAUUAUACGACAGCUCCUCCCACGGCUCCAGGCCAUCCGCAUCAAUUCGCGCCUAACGCGGCGAGCUUCAGCCACGCAGGCAACCAACAUGAAGGCUACGGCCAUCCUUCCGGACCACCGUCAUCAUACGGUGGCCUAUCAACAAUCGAAAGCAUGUCGGAAACAUCAUCAGUCGCGCCAAGUGCCAGCGCCUCUCAGGCUCCCUCUGCAGCUCCUUCAGCUCCGGCCUCCACAUUCGGUAGUCUAAAAGCUGCAGCGAAAGGCCUACAUGGCGUCGGCGAGACCCUCCGCGGCACACUAAACAACGAAAUCGACACUCGGUUCCCUCGUCGAAAUGCCGAAAAGGCCGCCAUCGCAAACGCGAAGAACCAGGCUGCUCUAGACCGAGGCCAAACGGAAAUGCAAGGCCUCCAAGCCUAUGAGCAAUUCGCCCCCGGACAUCGGUCUUCUGGUUCUGCGGAAUUGCAACGAGACGGGAGUGUGGCCGGCUCAACGACAACAAAUUCUUCUUCGAUUUUGCAAAGGUGGCCUUUGAGGAGAGAACAUAGCAUUCCGAGGAAACCGAUCCCAUGAUGUACAGUCGAAAAAUGGUGUGAUUUACGAAUUGAAUGAUGUGAUGAUUUUUAUGAGAAACACGGACGAACAAAACUUCGCAUGCUGUAUUGUAAGGUCUGGAAUCACAGUACAUAGAAUGCAUCAACAACAUCAGUACAGUACCGUUAUAUGCAAUGCUCUGGCUUGUGAUUUUCGAGACUCGAUGCUGCCUGCUGCUUCCUCCUGCCUGAAUAUGGGAUGCUUUGAACGGACAUCGGGAAGUUCUUGCUGUUGCCUUGCGCGUUUCACUUUCCUCACUGUACUGGUCAUUG